AUGAUGCAAUUCAUGCUGCUCUUCAGCAGACAAGGCAAAUUGAGAUUGCAGAAAUGGUAUGUUGCCCAUCCAGAUAAGCUAAAGAAGAAAAUAACAAGAGAACUGAUUACAACAGUGCUUGCCCGAAAGCCAAAAAUGUGCUCAUUCCUGGAGUGGAAAGAUGUUAAGGUGGUAUAUAAAAGAUAUGCAUCUUUAUACUUCUGCUGUGCAAUGGAGCAAGAGGACAAUGAGCUUCUAACACUUGAACUCAUUCACAGAUAUGUGGAAUUGUUGGACAAAUAUUUUGGCAGUGUCUGCGAGCUGGACAUUAUCUUCAAUUUUGAGAAGGCAUAUUUCAUAUUGGAUGAACUUGUUCUUGGUGGUGAACUGCAAGAGACGAGUAAGAAGAAUGUACUGAAGGCAAUUGCUGCACAGGACUUACUGCAAGAGGAGGAGACACCGCAGGGCUUCUUUGAGGACCACGGCCUUGGC